AUGGCCUCACUAUUCUUCAUCCUAUGCCUCCUAUGCUUUCAUGCUUCAAUCUCGCAUGCAGUUUACUAUAAUGCCCCUAAAUCACUCACCACCUACAUUCCAAAAACGAGUUCCAAAGCCUCUAACUUGAUCGAUGCUUGUCGGCUUAAGACUCCAAAAUGGGCGUCGAAUCGUCGGGCAUUAGCUGAUUGUGCCAUUGGGUUUGGUAAAGGUGCCAUAGGAGGAAAAAAUGGUGCAAUUUAUGUGGUUACAGACCCUUCAGACGAUCCCAUCAACCCUAAACCAGGCACACUUCGUUAUGGAGUGAUCCAAACUAGGCCAUUGUGGAUUAUAUUUGCUAAGGAUAUGGUGAUCAAUCUCAAGAAUGAACUCAUAAUGAAUAGUUACAAGACCAUCGAUGGAAGAGGGGCGAAAGUGGAAAUCGCAAACGGGCCUUGUAUAACUAUACAAAAAGUGAGCCAUGUGAUCAUACAUGGAAUAAGCAUUCAUGAUUGCAAGCCCGGGAAGGCGGGCCUUGUAAGAAGCACUCCCAUGCAUGUGGGCCACCGUCGUGGCUCAGAUGGAGACGCAGUUGAAAUAUUUGCAUCAUGGUACGUAUGGAUUGACCAUUGCUACCUGGCCCGAGCGUAUGAUGGGCUAAUUGAUGUCAUUCAUGCUUCGAAUUUCGUCACAAUCUCUAAUAACUUCUUUUCUCAACAUGAUAAGGUUAUGUUAUUCGGCCACAACGACAACAAUAUGGAAGAUAAAAUUAUGAAAGUGACUGUUGUUUAUAACCAUUUUGGUCCAGGACUAGUACAAAGGAUGCCAAGGGUGCGGUUAGGUUAUGCACAUGUGGCAAACAAUCGUUACGAUGAAUGGGACAUGUAUGCAAUUGGUGGAAGCGCGAAUCCAACAAUAUUAAGUGAAGGGAACUAUUACUUCGCGUCUAAAAAUCCAUUUCACAAAGAGGUGACUAAAAGGGAGGUUAAGAAAGGUUGGACGAAUUGGAAAUGGAGGUCCUCUAAAGACGUGUUUGUGGGUGGAGCAUAUUUCAUUCCGUCUGGAUGGGGAAGUUGCGCUCCAGGUUAUACGGGAGCACAAUCUUUCCCAGUUGCUCACGGGUCUCAAGUGCCUGGUCUUACUGCCAAGGCUGGACCACUACGUUGCACUUACAACAAAGCAUGUUAAGCGCGUUUUGAUUUAGGUUUUCUUGUUUGUAUGUUCAUUUAAUUUCCCAAGAUGCUCCGAGGUUUCUCAACAUGUUCGGUCACAAGAGUUCAUGAAUAUAUGUGAACCUAGGCCCCAUCAUUUGCUUCUCAAAAGCAAUGACCUAACAUUAUGAUAUUAAAAGUUGAUUAAUUACUUCUGUUCAUAAUA